AAUGUCAAUGUCUCCCUUCUUUAAUUAUAUAAAUAACACAAAUAUUAUCACUUUUUUUCGUUUUUUAAACAAAAGGUUUGUGAUGGACAGAUGUCGGUAAGGAAUGUGAUUGGAAGGUACUAGAUCACCUAUGACUUGCCUAAGUAAAGAAAUAUAAAAAUGAAAGGAAAAGAAUUUCAAAAUUUCAAUCCUCCUCUUGUUAGUAUCAUUAUUUGCUGCUACUAACAUUGUAGGCAUUGAUUGAUUGGCAAUUACUUUAACAUGUGAAAAACAGCUUUUUGUUUCAAUGUAUUUUAUGAGUUCUUAUUAAGAGUGAUAUAACUAACUGUAACUAAUAGUAAUACAAGCGCCUAGCGGUUCUUAUUUAUUUCAUUUCAUGUCACAUGCAAAAGAGAGAGCAUGGUCCUAUCAUAUUCACAAAUAAUGAGUCUAGAAUCAAUGGGAAUGUGAAUCAUAAUUCUGCCAUACACAAGAAUAAGAUGCUGACACUACUGUUUUCGUUUCUUAAGGUUGCACACAUGCUAUACUACUCCUCAAUGUAGUUAAUUUGCUAUAUAUAUACUGUUUAUUUCCAUCAUCUUCAAAUAUUUUUAUGUGAAACUGUCGUUGUAGGUUCUAGUUUGUUCCAAAUUAAAGGGCAGGGCUGCGAGUUAUUAAAUAGCAGACUUAAAUGUUUGAAUAAAAGACACUAGGUAGGGUUUGAAGGUGGCCUGGGGAAUCCAUUGCAAGCUAAGAAAGGGACAAGAGGAAAAGGAACUACCAUCACAAUGCAUGCAGGACUUGGGAACUUGCAGCAGAAGAUGACAAGAGUGAGGAUGAAGACAGGCUUAAAUGGAUUGAAGGGUAAAGAAAUUACUCUUAUUACCAUUGUUGUCAUGUCUGCAACUAUCAUUUUGUGGAACUGGGAGAAAACACCCCGUCUUACUGCCCUUUUCCCUCCGCAAGAUCCAUUGCAGCUGUCUUCAGAAAUUCUUUCAAGUGUGCCAGAUGAAGUAAAACAUCCUUCGUAUGUAUCAGAUGAAGAAAAACAUCCUUCAAGUGUGUCAGAUGUAGUAAAACAUCCUUCAAGAGUGUCAGAUGUAGUAAAACAUCCUUCCAGUGUGUCAAAUGAAGCAAAUCAGUCUUCCAAUGUGUCAGAUGAAGAAGUAGAACAUGACAGAAUUUCGGAAGCUGGGAAAAAUCAUGCUAUACAAACUUUUCCGAAUCCAACAGCGCAUAAGACUGAAAGGAAUGAAGCACAGGCGGAGAGAACUUCAAAACAAGAAGAAAAUAUAAAACAUCCAGCAAACGAAGAUCCACAAAGAAGCUCUUUAAUUAGUGGAGAAGACAAGAAUUCAAAUAAGGCUACAGAAAGUAAAGUCUGUAACUACGCAAAAGGAAAAUGGGUUCUAGAUGACAAGCGGCCUUUGUAUUCUGGAUUUCAUUGCAAACAGUGGCUGUCAGCGAUGUGGGCAUGCCGCAUGAUGCAACGUACUGAUUUUACUUAUGAGAAGCUCAGAUGGCAGCCAAAUGAUUGUCAAAUGGAGGAAUUUGAAGGUUCUAAAUUUUUGACAAGGAUGCAAAGCAAAACUCUAGCAUUUGUUGGAGACUCAUUGGGCCGGCAGCAGUUCCAGUCUUUAAUGUGCAUGAUCACUGGUGGUAAGGAGGCCCCUGAUGUACAAGAUGUGGGUGCGGAGUAUGGAUUGGUUCUAACAGAGGGAAAUUCCCGCCCUAGUGGAUGGGCUUACCGUUUCCCAAGCACCAAUACUACCAUUCUCUACUACUGGUCAGCAAGUCUCUGUGAUAUUGAACCAAUUGACAUAAACAACCCAGAAACAGAGUAUGCAAUGCACCUGGAUCGGCCACCGGCAUUUUUGCGCCAGUACCUUCACAGGUUUGAUGUACUGGUUCUCAACACAGGUCACCACUGGAAUCGAGGAAAGCUCAAUGCUAACAAAUGGGUAAUGCAUGUUGGGGGUAAGCCAAAUACCAAUAGGAAAAUAGCAGUGAUAUGGGUUGCCAAGAAUCUUACAAUUCACAGCAUUGUUAGUUGGGUGAAUUCGCAGCUCCCAAAGUACCCUGGUCUGAAGGCCUUUUAUCGGUCCAUUUCUCCUAGGCAUUUUUUUGGUGGGGAGUGGAACACUGGAGGCAGUUGUGACAAUACCAGACCAAUGUCAAUAGGAAAGGAAAUAUUGGGUGAAGAGUCUACUGAUCAAAGUGCUGCAAGUGCAGUGAAAGGAACAGGAGUGAAGCUCUUGGACAUAACAGCUCUUUCUCAGCUUAGGGACGAGGCUCAUAUAUCACGGUACAGCCUGACAGCACAGCCGGGCGUGCAAGAUUGCUUACACUGGUGUUUGCCGGGUGUUCCUGAUACAUGGAAUGAACUAAUCUUUGCACAGAUCUAGUUUGUUGACCACAACAAUUGGAGAGUAUUUGGUUGGCCUUAAAAAACAUUACCACCAUUCCUCGAGUUGGAAUGGGUCACUUAACUUCGAAUACCAUAGUUUUGCAGAGGAUGUUGUCAUGGGGUUACAAUGUAUCCAACUCUUGAGGUAAUAUUAUGAGAUAUUUGAAGCCGAAAAGCUCAGAGACACUAGAAUAUAAAUUAAGCACUAGUUGGCAUGGCCCCUUGGAGUCCUCAGCAGAAAGGCCGAUGACAAAGGUGCAGUAUAGGAGCUCUUGAAGAAUGUUGGCGGAACGUGAGUUGCUAUUGUGUGGUGUAGCAGUAGCAGUAGCAGCAGAGGUUCUGGUCAGUAGGAUAGGAAGAUACUGUUGCUCUUUUUCAUUUAUUUAGUGGAAAGGAAUAGUGUGGUCUUUUAGUCUUAGAUUUCAGAUUUGUCAAACCUUAAAGGGGUUUCAAUUUCAACCCUAUUACACAAAAAUAUGAUGAUAUGUUAUUAUUGAAUGUAAUGUAUCUCUCCCAGGCGGGAUUGAGUAUUAUAUGUGGGGGUCCCUCCUUUUGUUGAAUACUUCUUUUUUUUAUCAAGUUCUGCAUAUC